GCCGCCCUUUGGUUGUACUGAGCAUGCGCGGACGGAGUCCGGUGCUAGUAGCGACGAUGUUGGCGUCGGCCGAGGCCGGGACGUAGCCGAAGGUAGCGGCAGCGCAGCCAGGAGAGCCCGGGUGCUGCUGUGAUUUGUUGAGACAUGGAUGGCCAGGCUGGUUUGAGGAAAGUGAGCAGUUCCUCAGACUCUGUUUCCACACUGAACAGCGAAGAGUUUGUCAUUGUGUCUCAGCCAGCUGAGGACUCUUCCUCCACCAAUGGAGAAGACAAACCAGCAUUGAAGAUCACUUGUAAUGGGAAUGAGCAGCAGCUAAAGACAGCGCUGGAGGAGGGCCAGAAAGAUUAUGUACUAACUGGAGCAGGAGGAGAGAAGGGAAGCAGAAGCCUGAUGUCCCGAGGAGAACAAAAGCCUCCACAAUUAACCUUGGAUUCCUCUGCAAUGGAAGAGCUGCCUGUACUAAAGGUUGCAUCCCCGACUGCUGAGGAAGAGGAGAGUGUACUGUUUAACAAGUUAACCUACCUUGGAUCCACGAAGGUCACCUCUCCACGCAAUGAAGCAGAGGCUCUUCGUGCUAUGGCCAAACUGCGUUCCAGUUGUCAAGCUCCUAUUCCAGUUACUUUGUAUGUACCUAAUGUUGCUGACGGAUCUUUAAGGAUAAUAGACCAGGCUACGACUAGAGAGAUAGCAGCAUUUCCCAUAUACACAGUGCUGUUCUGCGUCCGAGACGUUGAUGGUACUUCAGAGAGUAAUUGCUUUGCAUUUACUGAAAGUUACUGUAGUACAGAAGAGUUCCAGCUUCAUGUGUUCUGUUGUGAGAUCAAAGAAGCUGUCAGUCGAAUUCUGUACAGCUUUUCUACUGCUUUCCGCCGGUCUUCCAAACAGACAACAGAGGUAAAAGACAUGGGUGACACAAGCCCCGAGAGUGACAGCUAUAACUUCACAGUCUCUCUGGAAAUAAAGGAGGAUGAUGGAAAAGGCAACUUCAGUGCUGUACCGAAGGACAGAGACAAACUUUAUUUUAAGUUGCGACAAGGGGUAGAGAAAAAAUUAAUAAUCAAUGUGCAGCAAACAUCAAACAAUGAGCUCUCCAUUGAGAGAUGUUUUGGUAUGCUUUUGAGCCCAGGGACAAAUGUGCGGAAUAGUGACAUGCACCUGCUUGACAUGGAGUCCAUGGGGAAGAGUGCUGAUGGGAAGUCCUAUGUCAUCACGGGGAUAUGGAACCCUAAUGGUCCUGCCUUUCAGGCGCUGAAUGAAGAAACUCCCAAAGACGUGAGGGUAUACAUGACGGUAGCUGUGGACUUGGUGAUCACUGAGGUGGUGGAGCCAGUUCGAUUUCAGUUAGAAACUGUGGUCCGUGUGUAUUCAGCCAACGAGAGGUUCUGGUACUUCAGCAGAAAGACCUUCAGUGAAGCCUUCCGCAUGAAGCUGAAACAGUCAGAAGGCAGAAACCAUGGCAGCAGUGUUGACACAAUGUAUGAAGUGGUGUCACUGCAGAAACAAUCUGAGAGGGGUAGAACUGCAUCUACAACUGGCUUCAUGCUGUAUCUUGGGAGACAAACCAGUGUGACCCUUUCACCCCAGGAUGAUGAGGAAGAAAAAGACAGUGAUAAUGAAUUGUCGAGUGGCACUGGGGAUGUUUCCAAAGAGUGUCCUGAGAAAAUCCUGGAAUCAUGGGGGGAAUUGCUGCAGAGAUGGCACAGCAAUCUGACUACCAGACCCAAAGGGCUGCCUGUCCUUGUUAAACGUGGCAUUCCAGAAGCACUCAGAGCAGAAGUUUGGCAGUUGUUGUCAGAUUGCCACGAUAAUCAAGCAAUGCUGGAAAAUUACAGAAUCCUGAUCACUAAGGAUUCCAUGCAGGCGAAUGUCAUCACCCGUGAUAUUAAUCGGACUUUUCCAGCCCAUGAUUACUUUAAAGACACUAAUGGGGAUGGACAAGAGUCAUUAUUUAAGAUCUGUAAGGCUUACUCUGUACAUGAUGAAGAUAUUGGUUAUUGCCAGGGCCAGUCUUUCCUUGCUGCUGUUCUCUUGCUGCACAUGCCAGAAGAGCAAGCAUUUUGUAUCCUGGUGAAGAUCAUGUAUGACUACGGUCUUCGAGAGCUCUACAAGAAUAAUUUUGAGAAUCUUCACUGCAAGUUCUACCAGCUGGAAAGACUACUCCAGGAGCAGCUGCCGGAACUCUACAAUCACUUCCUGGACCUGAACUUGGAGGCACACAUGUAUGCUUCACAGUGGUUCCUCACACUCUUCACUGCCAAGUUCCCUCUCUGUAUGGUCUUCCACAUCAUCGACCUGCUACUCUUUGAGGGACUCAGCAUCAUUUUCAAUGUGGCCCUGGCUCUGCUGAAGACCUCAAAGGAGGACUUGCUGCAGGCCGACUUUGAAGGGGCUUUAAAGUUCUUCCGUGUCCAGUUGCCAAAGCGCUACAGAGCCGAGGAAAAUGCCAGGAGAUUAAUGGAGCAAGCCUGCAAUAUAAAGGUGCCAACAAAAAAACUGAAGAAGUAUGAGAAGGAAUACCAAACAAUGAGGGAGCAGCAGCAACAGCAGGAAGAUCCGAUCGACAGAUACAAGUUCAUUUCAUUUUCCUAAAGUGCGAUACUUCAUGGAGAAAUGCUUGAAGCGACUUUCUACUCAAAGAAAUGGCAAGGCUCCCACCACUUUAAUUUGAGGCAACUCACUAUUUACUACAGAUUGGACCAUGGCCAGCUAGAACUAGUGCAAAGAAUUCCUUAUAAUGCAUCAGCAUCUGCCUUGCAGUUCCCUGGGGCAUGAACAUGAAGAACUCGGGAUGCAAAAUAGCAUCUUCCAUGGAGGUUUUCAUUUGUUUUGAAUGUGUUUUAAUCUGCUUGUAAUCUUUCUUGGCAAAGAAAAAGAACUUUUGUUUGGACAGAUCUUUGUCACCUUAAAUCACCUCAGCAUAUUUUGUAAAACAGCUGUUGAAGUCACAAUCCAGAUGGACUUGGUGGAUUCUGUGGAUGUCGAAUGACAGAGCAAAGUCAUCUUGUGGUGCUGUGAAUAGAAACAUGGGAAGCUGUGCAUCUGUCAGAGUGGGCACAUUCAACAUCUCAUUCAAAGGAUGACAUUUCCAAAGGUGACCCUGGUGUGCAUUUAGCAACAUAAUUGUGUCUCAGACCACAUUAUAUGCUGGCUGCUCUAUAGGAGCUUGAAUCCUGCAGCCUUCUGACUUGCAACUGAACCACAACCUACUCUGGGGAGACCUGACCCGCUCUUUGAAUUGAAAUACUAUGAUCUUGCUGCAGUCCAUCAGCUGGGUCUAAAAAAGGUGACUAAUAAUAUUUUGAUGUAAAAUGUUUCUUCUUCUUAUGCUGAAAACAUGCCUUGUUUAAAUCUGGAUCAUGUCUAUACUCAUUUCUGGACCUGCCGAGUAUUUACAACAAUCCAGCCCAGACCUUCCUGUUGCUGCUACACACCCUGUAGAGGCUGAUAUUGUUGUAGGUUAGUACCUCCUCUAUCAGAUCCUUCUGGAAUAAACAGGAGAGGAAUGAAGACUCUUUUGAUGCUUACACUGUUAAAGGCAACACUCAGACUUGAGAAGAAACUAUCCUUAUCUCUGAAUGUUAGCCCUAUUUUUGCUAGAUUUUACAUUUAUAUCUUUGCAGAACAAAAACCAUUGUCCAUUAUCUCCUUGGGUUCCUUUCAGUUUGCUCUUGAUAAUUAUCAGGAUUGCUUUUGAAUGGCAUGUACAAUUUGCUUUCAAUUGCUUUAAAUUGAUUGGCAUCAGAAAGUUUUCUUUAUCUUGGCUUUUAUACAUCCUCCUGCUUAUCUGUUUUCCUACAGUGAGAAUUAUGAAUUUGUAUUCUCAGUUUCAUUAGUGCUGUGCUAAGUUCCAUAUUCAACCCUCAUAAUUCUGUAUCCUUCUAAUCUUUUCCUGUAAUUCAGAUCCUUCAUUCCUGGGCUAGUAAGCUUGCAUUAUAUACAUAUGUGAUGCUUUGAGAAGAUGCUAAAAGUGUACAUAGUACACAUCAUUGUUCUGUACAAUGACCUCCCUCCUGCACACAAAUCCCACUUAAUCUGGAAAUACUGUGUUCUCACUGCAGUCCAUCAGCUGGAGAGAUGAGACCAAUAAUUGAAUGGCACUGACUCACAGUUCCAGAGACUUGUGUUCAAUCCUGACCUUGGGUGCUGUCUAUGUCAAACUUGCACAUUCUUACUGAGGCCAUGGGUUUCCAAUGAGUGCUCCAGUUUUCUCCCUUGUCCCAAAGACGUGCAGAUUAGUGGGUCAAUUGAUCAUUGUAAGUCUCCCUUAGUGUGUAGAUAAAUUGUAGAAUUUUUGGGGGAGUUGAUGGGACUGUAGAGAUAAUAAAGUAUAGGAUUAGUGUAGGUAGAUGUUUCAUGCACACUUGAUGGGCUGAUAGUCUUUUACAAUUCCAGAUGACCCAAUGGACGUUUAAAUGUUUUUUAUUCUAAUACAGAAACCUACUUUGCUUAAAUCUGGGUUAUUUGCUGGGCCCCUUACCAGACCUGCUGAGUGUUGCCAGCAUUUCAAUCAGAGGAAACAAUCUGUGGUUUAAGUAAAAGUGAAUUUGAAGGUGUCAGAUUGCCUAGUCCAACUGGUUCCCUGCAGUGUGGUUCAAUCUUACCUACCAUCUGAAGAGGCCCUGUAAACAUUUGGUCGAGGUGGGUGGUGGAUGUUGGAUCUGACAGAAUCUAAUGUCUAGCUAAUAAUGUCCAGAUCCCGAGAAUCAACAAAAAAAUCAAUAGUUCAUUUAAUACAGUCCUUUGCUGGCUCCAUUAGAUUUUGUAUCAUUACCAGUCACUGGGUUCAAAUUCCAUCAAUUAAUUUCUUCCCCGCACUAUGUAAAAUCAUUUCUCUCUAAAUGUGAGAAGCUCCUUAUAGUUCCCAUCGAACUUCCAUUCUCUUCCACCUCUGAUAUCUAAGGUUCACAGUAAGUUUAUUAUCAAGGUCACCAUAUAUUAUCCUGAGAUUCAUUUUCAUGCUGGCAUUCAGAGAAGAACAAAGAAGUACAAUAGAGUCAAUGAAAAACUACACAAUACAUCUAUUUGCAUCACCAGAGGUCCCAUCCCCAGAGCUGUCUGUCCCAUUCUCUGCAGCAUAAACCUAUAAACUGAGUAGGUCAAAGAGGCUGGAAAUGAGGUUGCUUUUGUAGAGCAUGAUCUCCUCCCACCCACCCUCCCCACCCAAGACAGUGAUCAAGAGUAGCCCAACCCCUCUGGAAAACCCACAAGAAUGAUCCAGUGCUUAAAGAGUUAAAUUAUGAAGCUAAGUUUCAUGGACUGAUCUUGUAUUCGAAUGAAUAUCAAAGCAUAAGGGCUGUUUAAGAGUAAAGUUAAAUAAUAAGUUCAACAAAAAAGUAUUUCCUUUGGUGAGGGAAUCCAGAAAAAGGGGACGGGGCCUUAAGAUUGAGUGAUAAUGAUGUUAGAAGCAGAGGUGAAAGUCUGGAAUUCCCUCACUAUCCCACCUUGGGUCACGUAAAAAUAACAAAACUGAAGUUAGGUGGAAGUAACUGCAUCAGCCUUAAAGAGGGGCUGAACACUCUCCACUAGCGUGAAUCUACUGAGAUGCUUACAGUUGAUCCUAGUGUCUUUAAAAAAAUCAGUGGAUUGAUAUUAAAAAGUAUUUUAAAGUUGUUGGUGCCAUAAGAUUCAAAGUAGCCACUCCUAAUACUUGUUUCCCUUAUUUCACUUCCAACCCUUCACUCUCCACUCCCACCAUCAUCUGUAGGCUUCUGCCAGAGCUCAGAAUGGGGGAUGUGGUCCCUGCAGAUGCACUCAAAGCCAGUAAGGACCGCUUCUGUGGUCUCUCACUCUCUCCACACUCCCCACUCCCAGAUCAGUCCCAGUCGAAGUCACAAUGAAGGGAAAUUUGCGUAUCUUGCUACUUUUACCAUCUCCAACUGAGGUGUAAGUACUUGCUUUCCUUCUGUUGUUUUCUCUUUAGCAGAUGCAGUAUCAUCAUAAGUAAAUCAAAUUCUUCAGCAACUGUGAAAGGCUCCACAGUCACUUCGGCUGAUGGAGCUGUUUCAGUCCGCUGACCAAAAUCUUCCACCAGAAUCAGGUGAUUGUGUACAGACGGGGAGGUUUCAAGCCAGACUAACAAUCCUCAGUAUUCCAGUUCACACAAAGGCAUUUAUCCAGCCAGAAUAUAUCACAUUUAGAGUUUCAGCUUUAAUUUCAGUUGUCUUCUAAUGCAACAUUCUACUCUGGUGUGACUCAUAUAGGAAGUACCAGAACCUGACAGGAAUUCUUCCAUUUCCCUCUCACUGCUUUAUUAGGGUUAAUUUUUUUUAAUGCCCACUCUAAUUUCACUCCACCUGAGGACCAUGCAAAUUGACACUCUGUCAAAAGGCUGGGGCUAUGGUCCCUGUGGAGUGUGUGAGGUCGAGGUGUCACAAUGAUCCUCAGGACCUGGCAUGGCAGCGAUCAAAGUGAAGAGUAUGUGCUUUUCAAUUAGCACGUUAGGUUUUUAGAUAAUUAACUUUGCAACUUAAAACUGAAAUAAUUAACAGAAGGGCUACUAGCAAGCUAGCUUUUUUAAAAAAAAUGCUGUGACAUGGCAUUGGUGCUGAAUUUGAUACUCUGGGACAAGAUAUGUACUUCUGAGCCUAUUGUAAAAAUAUUAUUGGAAUUUAUGUGAAGGCUGCUGCUACUUUGCAAUUGUACCAAAUGAUUUAUCACAUCGCAAAGCAAGCUUGAAACUUGAAGGUUAUGUUCAUGAAUGUGUGUGUCAGACCUUUUAAAUUGAACUAUCAGCUUUGAAUGAAAUGAUGUCUGGACAAUUUCAUGGGUAGAUUAUUUAUUCCCUCGUUCCUAGUUUCAUGUUGCUGGUUGAUAAGGCCUGUGUUUCACUGCCCUCCACGUUAGUGUUGUUUGCAGACGUGUUUGAAUGAACACCACACACCUUUGACAGUAUUUCAUUUCUCAGAGCUUGGGCUUCUAUCUACGGCCAUACUAUGCUUGUGUUGUGCUGAAACUCAGGAUCUUGUAAAUGUUUUGAAAGUAAUGUGCGGAAUGUUCAUUUGCAACAAAAUAAAUGUUACUUUUUAUAGCCUGUGUUUAGUUGUGUUUCUUGGUGAGGGCGGGGCUGAAAUCUUGAGAAUUAACCAAAUCUCCAGUUCCUUACUAUAUAUAUCUGUUACCAGAUGAUGCCUAGAGCAGGACUACUAUUCUGCCUAGUCCCAUCGACCUGCACACGCACUAUAGCCCUCCCAUCCAUGUAGCUCUCCGAACUUCUUUUAAAUGCCAGAAUCAAACACUCAUCCAAGCUUGCACUGGCAGCUCAUUCCACACUCUCACUGCCCUCUGAGUGAAGAAGUUUCCACUCAUGUUCCCCUUAAACAUUUCACCUUUCACUUUUAACCCAUGACCUCUAGUUCUAGUGUCACCCACUCUCAAUGGACAAAGUCUGUUUGCAUUUACAUUAUCUAUACCCCUCAAUUUUGUACACCUCUAUAAAAUCUCCCCUUAUUCUCCUACACUUCAGGGAAUAAAGUCCCAACUACUUCAGAUAAUAAGCUACUCAAAUCCUUUUAUCUCAGAGUUUCAGCAUUCAGUGUUUUGGCCCUCUUCUGGUUGCUAAGAUUAUUUCAUCAACUUCGCAGAUGUACCUUCUCAAGAGUCCACAGCCACAUCACUUGUGUCACUCAGUCUCUCUUGGUCCCCAUCCUUGUUUUUACUGUGAUUCCCUCUGCCCUUCCCAACUAUAGUUUC